AUGGAUACGAGCAAAGAAAGCAGUAGCCUUGACGUAUAUCCGUCAAAGGCAUCCGGUAAUCAGGAUCACUCAGAGACGCCUCCAUCCUCGGUACCCAAAGAACGGGUACAUCACGGGGAUUCUCGUCCUCCGCUCCCUCCACGUCCAAGCACAAGGGCUCCGGGCGCACGAGCCGCUGAUUCUGUGCUUCCCAUCCGACAUGCUCCAAAACAAAAUCUUCAGUCUAGGGCUACUACGGCUCUCUCCUUGCAGGAUAUCAAUUCACAGGCUGCCCAAGAAGCCUCGCUACUAGGGGCAAAAUCCGGGUGUGAGGAGAGCCUGAGGUUCAAAGGCGAUUUGAACCAACCUGGAAGUGGGAAGGGCAGUGAGAUAGCAGACUCGGCCAGUGCCAAAUCCUCUGUUCCGGGUGCAGGAACCCCGGCUGAAGUUGGGAGUAUAUUUGGUGAUUUUGCUUCGACAAACCAACAACUGGCUAGUUGGGAGACAAAAAGGAGACGAGCAAAUAUAUUUGACCAUAGCGGGUUUGAGAUUCAGGAAGAUGACCUUGGUCUAGAUUUUGAAGACGAAUUUGGGCCACUCGAAGAGCUCUCAGCUGUCGAGGACGGUGAUGAAGUUUUGAAAAAAUGGAGACAGAAAAGGAAGCAUUUUUUUAUACUGUCUUCGGCGGGCAAGCCAAUUUUUACCAGGCACGGAGAUGAUGGGUUAAUAUCUCCCUACAUCGCCAUUAUUCAAACCAUAAUUUCGUUCCAUCAAGAUUCUAGCAAUCCUCUUAGGAGCUUUUCUGCAGGACGAACCAGAAUUGUUAUACUGUCACAAGGCCCGCUCCACCUUGUCGCGAUAAGUCGCCUACUUGAGAGCGUUUCGCAGCUUCGGAACCAGCUCGACGCUCUCUACAUGCAAAUUCUCUCUACAUUGACCCUUCCUGCAUUGCAGCACAUUUUUGCUGUUCGCCCAUCCACAGAUUUGCGGCGACCGUUGCAAGGAACCGAAUCGCUGCUAUCGUCUCUGGCGGACAGUUUUACUAAGGGAUCUCCGUCAACCCUCCUUUCCGCGUUGGAAUGCUUGAAGCUCCGGAAAGCACAUCGCCAGCAAAUCAACAGCAUUCUCCUGAGGUCCAGGGUAGACCCGCUCCUUUAUGGGCUCGUUGUCGCCGGUGGGAGACUUGUAAGCGUUGUUCGGCCGAAAAAACAUUCUUUGCAUCCGGGAGAUUUGCAGUUGAUAUUUAAUAUGAUCUUUGAAGCGGACGGCGUCAAAGCGGGUGGUGGUGAGAGCUGGAUUCCAAUUUGCCUUCCCGGAUUCAACAGCAGAGGAUACCUGUAUAUGUAUGUGAGCUUCCUCGACCUGCACGACAACCUGCCACACGAUAACAUCAAUAUCAACAAAGAUGACUCUGUGGCUAUCAUCUUGAUCAGUGCGGACAAAGAGAGCUUUUUCGUAUUGCAUGAGAUGCGGGAUUCUGUUGUUAAAGAACUGGAAAAGAGUAACAGCAAGAGAAUUAUCCGAACAGCUAUCGAAAAAGGUCGUCCGUCCACCACAGACAUAGUCCCUGGAACCGUGCUCCGACACUUCCUUUAUAAAUCAAAACCCAAUGUCCAAUUCACCAUGUCAUCCUAUUCCCCCGAUUUCGCAACUUUGUUUGCUCGACGCAGAUUAUUAUCAAUUUACCAUGCUCUACAUAGCAGCAUCCACGCUAAAAGCACACACGUCAAGGUGCAGCAUUGUGCCUCCAGCAGUAUGGAUUCUCUGGCAUGGGUGACUUCGACCUUUGAGUUGUAUUGUGUUGCUCCGCCUGGCAGCAAUAGAAAUGCUCUGUCUCAAAGUGCAAAUCAGAUAGCUCAAUGGGCACAGCAGGAAGAAGAAAGAGUCUUUAUCAUUGGCGGUGCCGUUUUCUGA